GGUUAGAACUAUAACCACAUGAUAGUGUUGUGCAUUGAUUUGUAAUCCUUUAAUUUGAAUUUAUUUAAUUCUUGCACAGUGAUUUAUAUGCAAUUUUAUAUUAACAUAAUUAAUGAAAAAAGUAUUUGUACUGGAAUGAGUUUUUUGUUGCAGUAAAUGAAAAGAAAUGCUUGUCUAUAAAGAAUUUCAAGCAGUUGUGCUUGCUGGUGGAGGAGGAUCUCGUAUGACAGAACUUACUAAUGGAAAACAUAAAUGUUUGUUGCCAAUUGGAAAUAUACCGAUGAUUUGGUACCCCCUUCAGCUAUUGGAACAUGCUGGCUUUAAAGAAGCAAUUGUUGUUGUAUCCGAAGAUAUGGAACAUAAUGUAUUAUCAGCCUUAAACAGACUAAAUCUUAAAAUUAAGACAGACAUUGUUGCUGUUGAGGAUGCAGAAGACCUUGGAACUGCAGAUUCUAUCAGACUUAUUCACGAGAAAAUUUACACUGAUUUUUUAGUAAUUUCCUGUGAUUUGAUUACCAAUGUUGACAUAUGUGAAAUUUUAAACCUGUACAGAAAACACAAUGCUAGCAUUACUGCAUUGAUGUUACCUGUGCCUAAACUACCAGAGGAUUUUGUAACUCCAGGCCCUAAAAAUAAACAAAAACCUGAGACUGAUUUAAUUGGUAUAGAUAAUGAAACAGGACGUUUGAUUUUUCUGGCUUCAGCUUCAGAUUUUGAAGAAACCAUUAAUAUUUCUCAGACACUUCUAAAAAAGCACACAAGUUUCACUAUUCAUUCAAAAUUAAUGGAUGCUCACUUAUAUGUUAUUAAUAAAUGGGUUUUAGAUUUUUUGGUGCACAAUAAAAAUUUUAGUACACUGAAAGGCGAGCUUCUUCCCUAUAUAGUCAGUAAACAAUUGUCUAAACCUCCUAAACAAUGCAUGGAUGAUAAAAACACUUCUAUAGUAGGAGUAGAUUUAAAAGAAGAUAUCUUCCGUUUUGCUGUUGAGAAACCACUGGAUGAAUUAAUCAGAAAAAUGUCAGCAUACAAUGAUCACAAUUCUGAUUUAGAGGAUGCAUAUCACGGAAAUAUAAUAAGAUGCUAUGCUCAUAUUGUUAAUGGAAAAUUUGGUCUAAGAACAAACACCAUACAAAUGUAUCACCUUGCCAACAUCAAGAUAUUGGAUUUGUGGAGUAAUGAUGAUAAUAAACAAUCGUGUAUACCACGCAUUGCAACAACAGCAACUAUACAUAGCACACAGAUGCAAGAUUGUCAUGUAGAUGAGAAUGCUUUUAUCGAUGAAAAAACAUCCCUCAAACAAAGUUACAUUGGACCAAAUGCAGUUAUCGAAUCAAAGACUAGAAUAUCGCAAAGUGUAAUAAUGGAAAAUGUAACGAUUAAACAGAGAUGCGUAAUACAUAAUUGCAUACUAUGUAAUGGUUGUAUUAUCGAGGAGGGUACAGAAUUAAAGGAUUGUGUAGUUGGACCACAACACCUUGUGACCAGUGGAAGUCAACAUACUCGCGAAGUUCUUACAGACGCCGACAAGCUCAUAGAAAUUUAAUUAUAAUUGUAUUGCAUACAUCAAUUGCUUAAGUAAUAAAGCAAAGCUUGUAUUUUUUAUUGUA